CCCGUCAGUUAGUCGUUACCGAUUUGUAGCCCGCAACGGUCGUUGAUACACGUCGUACGUCGUAGUCGGGAUGUAGUGAGCGCGCGCGUACAGAUCAACCGUCGAAACGUGACUUGGAAGACACGCGUUGAAGUUCUUGAAGGACUGCUAGUUGAAGGUGGAUAGCUGGAGACAGAUUGUGACACGCGUUGAAGAACUUGACUGAAUCAACGCACAGGAGUUGGAGACCCGUUCUUGAAGAUCCCUGAAUGACUCAUCAAACCCAGUAAUUCCCAAACGGCGAAUCAUUCGUGUGAGUUCCAAAGUCGCAUGUUUUAGAAUCAAUUACGCCCCCGCGCCAAGCGCGUACCUGAAGACGAAUUUGAAGAACCGGCCAACCAAGGGUGUUCGUGUGUUGUGUUGUUGUUGUUGGUAAAGGUAUUGUCUGUGCUUCGUCGCGUAGACCAGACCGACGUGACGGAAAAGGGAGGAGCGCACACAGUUCGGGCGAGGUCCAAAACAUAACCUAGAAAGCGAACCGGGAAGUUCUACCUCCGCAAGAACCAGGAAGAAGAAGAAGAAGUUUGUGAGUGAUUUUUGGCACCCGGUGUCGGGUGUCUUAUUAGGGGUUGGGCACACAGGUAGAGUCCGAGAAUCAUAAAAUUCCGAUGGUCACCCGAGCAAUUUGUGAAUGAAGGCAGCAAAAGGUGAAGAAGUGACCGGGGCCAAGCCAGGUGGUGCAAAGGAAGUACGAGGAAGCAAGUGUCGUAUACCUUAAGCAAGGAGUUCGAAAAUAGAAGCAAAUGUAAUCGAUUCUGUGGGUGUGAGUGCGAGUGAGUGUAAUUUUACCUGGUUCACGAAGAAAGGAAAUUAUAAAAGGUAAACAAGUGUCUUGAAGAAACGUGACGACCUCGGGAAAUUGGUUGGAGAAUAGUUGCAGUAAUUGCGGAAGGAUUUAGCAGAAAAAGGAUUAGAAGAGGCUAAGGAGUGCACGGAAGCCGAUUGGGAUCAAUUGGAAAUAAAAGGAGUUACGGCGGCGACAACCGGAAAGCAGUUGUGUAAAGGAGCUCAUACCUGCGAUGGAGGACGAGACGGAUCAGGCGACGGAGAUGUCGUUCAGCUUUAUUAGGGGUUCCGACCCUCGGGCGGCCACCUGCCGGGGGAAGCUCCAGAACCGGCGCUGCAAGCUCAACCAGGAAAUCAACAAAGAGCUCCGGCUGCGGGCCGGCGCCGAGAACCUGUACAAGGCCACCACCAACAAGAAGCUCAAGGACACGGUUGCGCUGGAGCUCAGCUUUGUCAACUCGAACCUGCAGCUGCUCAAGGAGCAACUCUCGGAGCUGAACUCGUCGAUGGAAAUCUACCAGAACGAGGGGCUGGAUUACGUCAUACCGAUGAUCCCGCUCGGGCUAAAGGAAACCAAAGAGGUCAGCUUCAUGGAACCCUUCUCGGACUUUAUCCUGGAGCACUACAGCGAGGACUCGAACGUGUACGAGGACGCGAUCGCGGACAUUACCGAUACGAGACAGGCCGCAAAAACCCCAACCAGAGACGGCCAAGGCGUGGCGCUGCUGUUCCGCUACUACAACCUGUUGUACUACGUCGAGAGACGAUUUUUUCCGCCCGACCGAAGCCUGGGGGUUUACUUUGAGUGGUAUGACUCGUUGACCGGGGUUCCCUCGUGUCAGCGGACGGUCGCGUUCGAGAAGGCGUGCAUCCUGUUCAACCUGGCCGCCAUCUACACCCAGAUCGGGGCCCGGCAGGACCGGUCCUCGGAGAAGGGCCUGGACGCGGCCGUGGACAACUUUCUGCGGGCGGCCGGCGUGUUCAAGCACAUCUACGACACGUUCACGAACGCGCCCUCGAUGGACCUUAAACCACAGGUUCUGGAAGUGCUGGUGGCACUGAUGUUGGCGCAGGCACGCGAGUGCCUCUACGAGAAACUAUUACUACAGCUAGAAGAAAUGACCAAUGUUGAUUGCAGUUCGCUCCACCGCAAUCUGUCCGGCGAGGCGACCCAGCUGACGCGCGAGUACCAGGAGAUCCACCGGAUAAUCCAGAGCAACGAGGCGCACACCUACCUUCCCGAGUGCUGGGCCGGCCUGGUCCCGCUCAAGUCCGAACACUACCGAGCGCUUGCCCACUACCACACGGCCAAGUCGAUUGACGCCGCCCUGCACAGCUUCAAGGCCACCAGCACGCCGUCCAAGGGCAAGCCCCAACCGAAGGGCUUCGGUGGAAGCACGCAAACGCUCACGCGAGACACCUUCAUCUACGACGAGUCGUCCCUCGAGGGCGAUCUCAACCCGGCGAUGCUGAAGAAGGCCCACCUGCGCGAAUCGCUGUCUAGUCACGAAGAGGCCGCCCGGCUGCAGCGAAUGUGCCGCGAGCUCAAGAACAAGAUCGCGCUCACGAAGGUGCUGAACUACGCGCUGGAGAAGACGGCCGAAGAGCUGGAGAUGCUGGACCUGGAGCUGGACGGCGCCGGCUACCUGGACGAGGACAUCGACCUGAUCGACGUGACACUCAACACUACCUCCAAGUACACCAUCUCCCUGACCGGCCCGGACUUUACCGCGUACAAGAUCGAGGACCCCUUCCGGAAGCUCGGCCCGAUCGCCAUCUUCUCGGCACGGCGUCACUGGACGGCCCCGCGCUGCAUCCGGCUACAAAAAGGUGGCAACACGAUGCUCAUGACCGGCGGCGGAACGCUGGAUCGACGUCGCUACCACCACCUCGGAGGAGGCGGCAGCAGCAGCCAAAGCAGUCACAGCAGCAGCAGCGGAAGCAGCGCCGGAAGUAGCAACGGAGAGGGUGGUCCACGGCAAAAGUGCCAGUGUGGCAACAAGACCAACUACUACAACGACCUGAGGUCGUGCGACGUGUGCUUCAAGAGUGUGUCGAACGCGUCGGACGGGACGGGUGCGGGAUCAACGCCGGCGGGGACUACCGGAAGUAGUGCGGGGAGCGAUUGUGGCGGGGAUGCGAGUAGCGGCGGUGGAAGCAGUGUGCUGGUGGAUAACUUUGAGAGCUUUGGGUUCCACGUGAGGGGCGAUGCGCCGGUUAUGAUUUCCAGCGUGGAGAUCAACUCGCUGGCGGAUCUCGGCGGCAUCAAGGAGGGCGACUUCAUCGUGGAGCUGUGCGGCAUCGACGUCAAGUGGUACAACCACCAGCAGGUGCUGAAGCUGAUCCGGAACUGCACCAACAGCCUGGACCUGAAGGUGAUCACCCCGAUGGAUCGCAACUAUUUGAAGCCAAUGGCCUCAACCCACUCGAAGGGCUCCAUUUCCACGCUGUCGGGCAGCUCCUCCGGAGUGUCGUCCGGUGCGCCCAGCCCGACCGGAACCACCACCAAGAACGGCGGCAUCAAGCCGCGCCCCAAGCUGGGCAAGAACCGGCUCAGCAGCUUCACCUCCGGCAGUUGGAACCCGUUCCGUCGGACGCAGAGCCUGGGCAAGAUUUUCUAACUUGUUUCGCGUUAUCUUUACCACAAAAGUUUAGUGUUUACAAAUUGUACAGUCACACCUGGGCACGAUUCGCCAGCGCGCGAAUGUCCAACUGUGUGAAGAAAGAAGCCCCCGCGCACGCAAAAACAAAUUCUUUUUUACGUUUUUUAAAUGCACUUCAUUCUUUACAUUUUAACCUAAGCAGUUUUAAGGGUUUAUUUUUUUAUUGUUUUGUAAAAAGAAGGAUGCCAUCAAGUAGCGUGUACUUUAAAUUUAUACAGCCUAAUUUAUACAAGUUUUCCCCCUCUUUUAAACCUUCGAUUCACCUCCUGAAAAAAAGUGAGAGCCCGGCAACAUAUUUAUUGAUUUUAAACAGUGCAGCAGAAGGUCCUCCUCCUUGGCGGCAAGCGGUUGAUUCUGUUUUUAAAAGACGGCUGAAGACAAUUGAUUGAAAUAAAUGUUAGUUUUAAUUAAACAACUAGAAGUGGAAAUGAGUGUAAAUUUACCAAUUGAUAAGUCUUCAUUUCUUAUUUUGAGAAAAUUUAAUUGUAAGAUUAAUCGAUCGAGAGAAUUAAUCCAGCAGGAAUUAUAUUUAACGUAGAAGGGAAAUAAAUAUAUUUCGUACAGUGCUCCUGAAAAUAACCUGUAGAUUGUAGAAAAUAAACCUUCCCAAAAUCCCAUCAAGUGUAAAGGUAGUUGAGCAAUAAACAUUCGUUGAAUAAAU